CAUUUAGAACAAAGAAGAAUGGACAAGGGAAAUUGCUCUUCCUUGACUGAAUUCUUUUUCUUGGGAAUUACUAAUAACACUGAGGUCAAGGUGACUCUAUUCAUCAUGUUUCUAAUUGUUUAUAUCAUUGAUCUUCUGGCAAAUCUAGGAAUGAUCAUUAUAAUUAGAAUGGAUUCCCAGCUGCACACGCCGAUGUACUUUUUCCUCAGCCACCUCUCCUUCUGUGACCUCUGCUAUUCCACAGCAGUUGCACCCAAGAUGCUGGUGGACAUAUUUGCCAAAAACAAAUCAAUUCCCAUCGUUGGCUGUGCUUUGCAAUUCUUAAUCUUCUGUAUAUUUGUAGAUUCUGAGUGUCUGCUGCUGGCGGUGAUGGCCUUUGACCGGUACAAGGCCAUUAGCAACCCCUUGCUCUACACAGUCAACAUGUCCAGCACAGUGUGCUCCCUGCUCACGGCUGGGGUUUACAUGGUGGGGAUGGCGGAUGCUCUCAUACACACGACACUAGCAUUCCGCUUAUGUUUCUGUGGGUCAAAUGAGAUUAACCAUUUCUUCUGUGAUGUCCCACCCCUCCUAUUGCUGUCUUGCUCAGAUACACAGCUCAAUGAGCUAAUGAUAUUCACCAUAUUUGGCUUCAUCGAAUUAAGCACCAUUUCAGGAGUUCUUGUCUCUUAUUGUUACAUAUUCCUAUCGGUUUUGAAGAUACACUCUGCUGAGGGGAGGCUCAAAGCUUUCUCCACCUGCACCUCCCACUUAACUGCUGUUGCAAUUUUUCAGGGAACUAUGCUCUUCAUGUAUUUCAGGCCAAGCUCUGCCUACUCCCUAGAUCAAGACAAAAUGACCUCACUGUUCUAUACGCUUGUGAUUCCCAUGCUUAACCCUCUGAUUUACAGCCUGCGGAACCAGGAUGUGAAGGGGGCCCUGGAAAAACUAAAAAAAAAAAAAGAUUGGAUUUAAGAAAAUAGGUAUAUAGUAUUUAAAAAUGUAAUUUGGGGGAGGAAGAAUUUUCCUCUACCCUUCAAGUUUCUUCUAGCUGGUCAAAGAAUCAAAUUAACAUGAGGUUAACAAUAGAAAAGAAAAAAAAAAAAGGAAAGGUUUAAUUAUGUAUGUAUA